UUUCAAUUGAACAUCCAACUGAAGUGAAAAUAAAAUAAAGUGUGUUUUUAAAUUCAAGAAAAAUGCCUGCAGCUAAAGCGAAAAAAAUAAAAGCCAAACCGAAAUCUAAUAAAAUAAAAACUAUUGGAGAUGCGCUCGAGAGUCAAGCUUGGGAGAAAGUGAAAAUCAAAGGCAGUUUAGUCUCUGAUGACGGUGGUGGAUUUGAAGGCCUCAUCGGCCUAGAAGUUUUGGAAGAAUAUGAUCCCAAAUUAGUGGAAACUGCCAAAGAGAAACGCUCAAGGAAAGAUAAGCGAUUGGAUCGCAAGUUGGAAGCUAAAAAACGUAAAUUGGAGAAGCAAUCAAAUUUGGAAACUGAGGAAGACGACAAAUCAGACAAAGAUAAUGAUGAUGAAGAUGAAGAUGCGGCUGCACCCAAAAACAGAAAGGAACGUCUCGCAGAGCGGAAACAAAAUUCAAUUGAAAAACGUAAAGAAAAACGUGAAAAGCGCAAACAGAGAAAGAAUGAAAAUAAGCAAGCGGGAAAUGUGCAGCCUGCCCAAAAUGAGGAAGAGGAAUAUCCUCCAGGUCGCUUUGCUUUGCUACGACCACCAGCUGAAGUUAAUGAUGCAAAUAACGAAACCAGUGAAGAUGAAGCAGAGGUGCCCCAAUUGGUAAAUGCGUCAGCGAUAAGCGUUGAUGACCUUGAGGGUUGGAAUGGUUUGGGUGUGCCCCAAGUCGUACUACAAGCUAUUGCUGAAAGAGGCUUCAAAUCACCGACGGAAAUUCAGGCAAUGACACUACCUGCUGCGAUUAUGGGCAAAAAAGACAUUCUUGGCGCAGCGGAGACUGGCAGUGGUAAGACGUUAGCAUUUGGUAUACCAUUAUUAGCAGGUAUUAUGGAGCUGAAAUCGAAAAACUUACGCAGUGGCAUACGCAAAGCACCUAAAGUGAAAGGUCAAGCUCCAGUUGUAAAAUCCAAAGCAAUUGAAGAAAAUAGGGAGCUAACCCCACCUCCAGAAGAACUCGAUUUUUAUCCGUCCUUACCCACAGAGGACGAAGCAAGUGAAUCGGAGGACGAACAGCAACAAGAUGGACCACUCUACGCGGUUGUGCUUACACCGACCCGUGAAUUAGCUGUACAGGUUAGAGAUCACUUGGUAGUCGCCGCGAAAUAUACGGGCAUACACGUUGCGGCGAUUUUCGGUGGUUUAGCUGUCGCUAAGCAAGAACGUUUACUAAAACGUUGCCCUGAAAUUGUUGUUGCAACUCCCGGACGUUUAUGGGAGCUGUAUGAACAAGAAAAUCCACAUCUAAGUAAAAUUGAAGAUAUAAGCUUCUUGGUAAUCGACGAAACCGAUCGCAUGGUAGAAAAGGGACAUUUCGAAGAGCUCCGAAGCCUCUUGAAGGUGCUGAACGCCGAUGAAAAUAAGAAACAAACACGACAGAAUUUCAUAUUUUCGGCAACUUUAACACUGGUCCAUGACUUGCCCGACCAUAUGCAAAAGCGCAAUGUGGGAAAACGGCCUAAAUUUAUAAAACAAACACCUGGCAUGAAAAUCCAAGGUCUAAUUGAGGAGCUAGGAAUUUCACAGCCCAAAAUAGUGGACAUCACCAGAAGCCAACAAACCGCACAUAACCUCACCGAAUGCCGUCUCAUAUGUUCGAUUGAACAGAAGGACUUUUAUCUAUACUACUUCGUGCAGCGUCAUCCGGGUCGCACCAUUGUGUUCUGCAACUCAAUUGACUGUGUCAAACGCUUGACAACGCUUUUCGGUUUGUUGGAAUGUGCGCCUUUGCCGUUGCACGCCAACAUGGUGCAAAAACAACGUCUGAAGAACCUCGAAAGGUUCCGCGACAAUCCAAACGGACUGCUAAUAGCCACCGAUGUGGCGGCGCGCGGUUUGGACAUACCAAAUGUGGAACAUGUGAUACACUAUCAGGUGCCACGCACCAGCGAAAACUAUGUGCACCGUUCAGGGCGCACUGCGCGUGCCAAUAAAAAUGGCAUCACCGUCAUGUUCAUGGACCCCGGUGAGGUGAAGAACUAUGUCAAACUCUAUAAAACACUGGACAGAUCGGAAGAUUUACCGCUAUUCCCUGUCUCUGAUAAGUAUCUGCGUGCUGUUAAGGAGCGUGUGAAUUUGGCGCGGGAAGUUGAUAAGCUGGAGCUGAAGCAACGUCGCACACAAAGUGAAAUUGGUUGGAUGAAGAAACACGCGGAGGAGAUGGAUAUGAUUAUAGAUGGAUUCAACGAUGAGUCCGGCAGUGACCAAGAUGAGGACGCUUUUGUCAUCGAACGACGACGCGACCGCGUACAUUUGGAGAAUAUACGUGCACAGCUCAGGUCCCUGCUGUCAAAGCCAAUGUUUCCGAGUGGUUUCAGUUUCAAAUAUCCAACCAGCACCGGACAAUUGCAGAUGCCAGACAUUGGCGCCACCGACACAGCCACUGAUAAGGGGAGUGCUGUAAACGUCAUGAAGGCAGCAAUUGAGGACUUGAAGGAGGCCAAGAAAAAUCGCAACAAAAAACGGAAAUUAGCGUAA